UCUGCGCCAUACGAGGCGCUGUAGUUCCUAGUAUCGCUGAAAGCUGGCAAGAUGGCGUCAGAGCCGAACAAGACUGAGAUUCUGACCAUUUUUAAAAGGCUGAGGUCCAUCGCUACAAACAAGGCAUGCUUUGAUUGUGCUGCUAAAAAUCCUAGCUGGGCAAGUAUACCAUAUGGAGUGUUCCUCUGUAUCGACUGCUCUGGCAGCCACCGCUCUUUGGGAGUGCACCUUAGCUUCGUCAGAUCUACAGAACUGGAUUCCAACUGGAAUUGGUUUCAGCUGAGAUGCAUGCAGGUUGGAGGAAAUGCCAGUGCGACUGCCUUUUUCCGUCAACAUGGCUGCACGACCAGCGACACCAAUGCUAAGUAUAACAGCAGAGCGGCUCAGAUGUACCGCGAGAAGAUCCGACAGCUGGCCAAUGCUGCUCUGGCCAAGUACGGUACUGAUCUGUGGAUUGAGGCGUCAGGGAACACCCAGUCUGCUGCUUCUGAAAAGAGAGAUCCAGAUUUCUUUGCUGAACAUAGUCAGCCUCUGAACAGCUGGGACGUGCAGGGACAAAACCUGCAGGAACAAAACGGAGCACUUGCCCCACAGGGGGUGGAGGUGUCGUCCAAGGAGUCGGCUAAAGUCAGUGCUGAUCAAGAAGAAGGCCCGAGCAUCGAGGGCCUCAGUACGUCUCCUAAAGCUGUACUUGAGGACUCAAUGCGCUUGUCGUCCGAUCAGCCGCAGCCUUCUGAAGAUGUGAAGUCGUCUAUUAUUGGGAAGAAGAAGCCUGCAGUGGCCAAAAAAGGGCUUGGUGCUAAGAAAGGCCUCGGAGCCCAGAAAGUGAGCAGCAAGAGCUUCUCCGAGGUGGAGAAGCAGGCCCAAGUGGCUGAGAAGCUGAGGGAGGAGCAGGCCGCGGAGGCCAAGAAGCAGGCUGAGGAGUCCAUUGUGGCUUCCAUGCGCCUGGCAUAUAAAGAGCUCCAGAUCGACAGGAAGAUGGAGGAGAAGAAGCUUCAGAGCUUGGAGGGGAAGAAGAGGGAGCAGGCUGAGAGGCUGGGGAUGGGCUUUGGGAACCGGAGUGCUGUGUCCCAUUCUGUGAUGUCAGAGAUGCAGCUGAUCGAACAGGAGACUCCCGUUGGAGUUAAGUCUUCCACCUGCUCCAAGCUGGAUAUGUUUGAUGAGCCAGGCUUCACCGCCGGGCCCCCAAAGUACAAGGACAACCCGUUCAUGUCAGGAGACACCUUCGCUUCGCGCUGGGACACAGACAGUGGCUCCUCCUUCUCCUCCUGGACCCUGGAGAAAGAGGAAAGCAAAGACACUGAAGUGACCAUUUCCAGUAUCCAGCCCAUUGGGGAGAGGUUGCCUAGUCGACGGAAGCCGGAGACCAGCACUGCUGUGCCGGAGUCCAGCGAGGCGCGGGAGAAAUUUGCGAAUGCCAAAGCGAUUUCCUCUGACAUGUUCUUUGGCAAGGAGAGUAAUGCUGAGUAUGAAGCAAAGGCGCGUCUGGAGAGCAUGUCAGGCAGCACAUCCAUCAGCUCCGCAGACCUCUUCGGGGACGGCAGAGAGCGUUCAGGUUCGUCCGGCUUUGACAGCGUGCUUCCGUCAGGCCCAGACAUUGCACAGUUCAAGCAAGGUGUGAAGACCGUGGCGGGAAAGAUGGCGGUUCUGGCCAACGGGGUGAUGAACACAAUCCAGGAUCGCUAUGGCUCAUACUGAAAACAGAUACCCAACGCUGACAGACAAGACUAUCGAUGACGACAAAUUUAUGGGCUGUAUUCCUCCUUGGUGUGUGUGUCAAGAUGGUGAUGAAAAUCACAAAAGGAAAGGCAUGACUGGUGUGCGACCAUUAACUCUGUAUUGUGUUCGCCUACCAACACUUUUAUAGACCAUAAAGAGACUGAAGCAGUAUUUUCAAUAGGAAACAUUUCAGUUUUGUUUUUUCUUCCCAGAAAAAGGCACUUUUAGGUGUAGAAAGUCAUUUUCGGAGCCAUGGUGCUUCCUUAAGUUAAUUGAUUCUAAUUUGAUCUGCAUUUUCAUAAUUCUUGCUUUAAUAUCCUAUAUUUAUAACCAGAAAUUCAAGUUUUCAUUUUAGCUGUAUUCAUAUUUAUAUUUGUGCCUACAGUAUCACUGUCAAAGGUGGAUAAUUCCUUAAUGAAUUUAUCAUGAAAGGAAAUGUAUCCAAAGCCACUAGACGAGUCCCCAGUCUAUUACUCUGUUACUAGGCCGAGAUUGGAAAAAAUAUAUUGGAUUAAAGUAUUUCAGGUAUUUCCCCCCGAUUCCUUGUCAUAGACUGUAAAAAUCUGAAUUUUUAAUAGCUCCUUUUAUAUUGUGAAAUAUUUUCAGUCUCCAAAGUCUCAUCAGCUUAUAAAAUGUUUUUUUUUUGUUAAUUCCUCUAUUUAGACUUUUUUAAGCCACUUAGAAUGAAUCUGUAAAAUUUAUUUGCAUGUUUGCAAGCUUUAUCUCACAUGCCGGUCAGGCAGACCGUUUUAAUGGUGAUGAUGCUUCCUGUAGUUUCAUUUAUUCCUGCCAGCGACUCUCCCCUCUAACAUUUAGAGCUUGAGCCCAUCUACGUGGAGCAGAAUUGAAGUCUGUUUAUAAAAUGUCUUCAAGAUUAAACAAAUAGAAAAAUCCAGAUGUUUUCACGUAAACAGGCCAGGUGCUUGACCUGAAUUAUACACAAGAAAUAGAAAUCAGUGGUAAAUGGCUCAGUGUCACUUAACUGUUUAACCCUGUAAUCACUGUUGGAAUGGUCCAUGACUACUACUGUGCAAAACUUGGAAUUCUAAGCAAAAAUAUCUACACUAACCUCUAGAGGUCAGCACAUAACACAUCUUAACACAUAACCAGUACUGGUCAGAAGUGCUGAGUUUUGUCUUUUAACAUAUCCUGGACUGCUUGAGAACUGUCUAUCCCUAUUUAUUUUGAUGUCUUUUCUGAACAAACUAUCUUGAAACAUGAAUAUAAGCGUACUGGAAUGGCAUGACUCAUCUGACUGUACAGCCUUUAAGUCAGGGAAUCGUAUGCGUAUUGAACAAAUUAGGAAAAUAAGGAGCGAGAUAAUGAAUUGAAUUGCUAAUGCCAAUUUUCAGAAUGUUUUAAGUAUUGACACACAGCCUUUUGCCGCCCCCCCCCCCCCAGAAGUAUUUCUGAGAGUUGAGGAGGGGUGCUGAGUCAUUUCUUCUAAGUCGUUUGGUACUUAACAUUUGUUUAAAAGCACAUGAAUAAAAAUUCCAUGCUUCCUGUUUCUAGCAAACAUGGAAGUUAGGAGUUUUAAGCGCCCAAAAAGAAUUUAUACUUGUCCUGGAAAUACGUUAAGAACAAAUGUUUUCCCCGCUGUUACAGCAGGUGCAUAAACUGGCCUUAUGGGGAUUUGUUUGUGUGUCUUAGCUGUGCUGAUAUUCCCCUGAUUGCCCUGCCUAUCUUUGCCCGUUGUUAAUAUGAGUCAUGAUACUUGUAUGCAAAUGAAAUGAAUUAUCAAUAAAAAUUGAAACAUUA